AUGUGCUUCAUCGAUCUGCAGAAGGCCUACGACUCGGUGGACCGGGAGCUGCAGUGGAAGGUGCUGGCCCGGGCCGGGAUCCCCGCGGAGAUGAUCGCCGUCAUCCGCAAGUUCCACGUCGGAAUGCGGGCCCGGGUCCGCACGGACGAUGGGGAGCUAUCGGACUGGUUCCCGGUCACGCAGGGAUUACGACAAGGGUGCUCAAUGUCCCCACUGCUGUUCAACGUCUUCUUCGCAGCGCCUCUCGAGAUCAUUGUCACACGGUUCAGCCAAGAUGAGGUUAUCGUGCGGGACCUAGUGUACUUGAAGGAGGAGGAACGGAGGGGGGGGGGAUUGCUGGACCGAGUCCGGAGGGCGGUGUGGGGGAUGCUAUAUGCCGACGAUGCCGGCGUUGUGUCGAAGUCCGCCGACGGCCUGGCGAGGAUGAUGACCAUUAUCGUGGAGGUGUUCCGGGAGUUCGGGCUGACGGUGUCGGAGAGGAAGACGGAGACCCUGGUGAUGCGGGUGAAGGAGAGACAGCGACCGCCGCCGCCGCCACCGCCGGUGCUGACCAUCGAAGCAGCGGGGCAAAGGUACGCACAGACGACCGAGUUCCGAUACCUGGGCGGCCUCAUCAACGAGCAGGGCGACCUCACCCGAGAGAUCAACCACAGGAGCAAAGCAGCGUGGGCGUGCAUUAGGCGAUACGCCACGGAGCUCUUCGACCGACCGGGAGCACCGUUUCGCCUCAAGGCCCGCCUACUCCAGGCGGAGGCAGUGGCGGCACUGCUAUACGGCUGCAUGACAUGGUCCCCACGCCGCGACCACUACCGGCUGCUGCAGACGACACACCACCGUUUGCUUCUGCGAGUUAUCGGCUACCGGCGCAAAGGAGGCACCUACCGGCAGCUGUCAUACGCCCAGGCGCUGAAGAGGGUCGGCUGCCAGAGCGUGGAGGCCACUGUCCGUCAACGGCGCCUGCUCUUUGCGGGGGCCGUGGCAAGACAGCCGGACGGGCGGCUUCCGAAACGGCUGAUGUUCGGCGAGUUGGUGGGAGGGGAGGACCCGGGCCAGGGAAACCCGGAGCAGAACUGGCUGACAUGCCUGAAGGACGACAUGAAGAUGUUCGAAGCCAGGUACGGCUCCACGACCGACAAGCCGAGCGUCUUCGGAGUCCCGAAGUUAGUCUGGAGUGAGGCGGCGAAGGUGGAGGGGGGGGUACCGUGGCACGCGGGUGUGCUGCAGGGAGCUGAGAGGUUUACGGCCUCUUGGCACAAGGGAAAGGAGAAGGCCAGCCGACAACGAGCCAUCAAACGAGGAGACAGCGGGCCCAAAAAUAGUCUAGAUACGGCACCAAUCAACGGGGCGGUAGGGGGGCGGAAGGAAACGGCGGCGCGGGAAGAAAGCAAGCGAGAAGAGACCGACCGCGUGACGUGACAUGUUGCGGUCGAAUUUCAGCGACUAGUUUUUCUGUUGCCCUCUCCCCCGUUUGCUGUCGCGUUCAGACUGUCUCUACGGAUAUCCCUUUCUCUGUGCGAGUUUGUUUAUGUCCUAGUCUGUCUUUGGUUUAAUUCGUUUUAUUUUGUUUUGUUUUUUUACUGGCACGUACUGCUGACCCUUGGGGUCCUUCCGGAAGGCUACCCCCCAGGCUGGUGGUGCGCACGUUCCACUACUUAUUUAUUUAUUUGUUUCUGAUUCUUUUGUUUUCUUGUAUUUUAUC